CCCCCGGGCCCGACUUUACCCCCCGAGCCCGCUUCACCGGGCCCAGAUUCACGCCUUGGCCGCUCCGGGCCGGGGCCGUGAGGGCGGGGAGGCGGCCCCGGGCCCCGCCGGCUCUGUCCCCACACCGCCAUCCGUCCCCCCGCUCCCGAGGAAGAAGAAUGUCCCAAAAACAGCUGAAAGAAGCCUUUAUCAGCAACCUAAACGGAACGAGUUUGCUGGAAAUUUCCGCAGGCUUGUCCCUGCCUCCGCUGUGCCUGCUCUGCAGAGGGCUCCUCCUGAUCCUGUACUACCUGCACCAUGGAAAACCUGUAAGCUCAAGGAAGUACAGCCUGCUGCUAGACUUCCUGGUGCUGGUGUCUCCUCUCCUGUUCUCCUGCACUGUCUUGUCUCCAAUCAUCUUUUUCAUACCAGUUAUCCUUGCUGCCUUCUGUGCCGGAAUAUUUUCCAAAAUAUACAGCCAGAGAAAACUGGAGACCAGAGUGCCCUUCGGGCAAAUUGUAAAAGAAUUUCAGAAGGCAUACUUGGAUCCCGAGUGCAUUCCAGCAAUAACUGUGUUCCGUGUUUAUGUCAACGUGCUGACAUCCAUCAGCAUUUUGGCCGUGGAUUUCCCGCAGUAUCCCCGGCGAUACGCCAAGGCCGAGACCUACGGCACCGGAGUCAUGGAUUUGGGGGUGGGAGCCUUUAUCUUUGGAAAUGCUCUUGUUUGCCCUGAGGUUCGACAGAAGUCUCACACGACACAGCCCAGAUUCUCCAGUCUGGCCAGGCAGGUGUUUUCCGUGUGGCCGCUGAUUUCCCUUGGCGUGGGGCGGCUGCUGAGUGUUAAAUCCAUCGAGUACCACGAGCACACCUCGGAGUACGGGGUGCACUGGAACUUUUUCUUUACCUUGGCGUCGGUGAGACUCACAGCAUCUCUGCUUUUGGCCAUAUUCCCCAAACAUAAGGCUUGGCUUGUGGCACUAGCUCUGGCUGUGCUUUACCAGCUGCUCCUCAGCACUACCUCUCUGAAGACGUUCAUCCUGCACGGCAGCGAUGGCAGGGACUCCCGGCUCGGCUUCCUCGAUGCCAACCGGGAAGGGCUGCUCUCCCUCUUUGGCUACCUGGCCAUCUACCUGGCGAGCGUGCAGGUGGGGCUGUGGCUGCUGCAGCGCAGGAGCUCGGUGAGGGGCUGGCUGCAAGCCCUGAAGGGGCUGGCUCUGGCCGUUCUGGUGCUGUCGGUGUUGCUGCAGCUGUGCCAGGCGUGCACGGAGCCCGUGUCCCGCCGCGUGGCCAACCUGCCCUUCUGCACCUGGGUGCUCGCCCACUGCCUGCUGCUGCUGGGCUUUUUCGUGCUCACUGACCUCGCCUUGGUGUUCACAAAGCUGCUGGUCGAGGGGUCCAGCGUGCCCUGCUGCUGGAAGGUUGUGCAGCCCCCUGAUUCCAGGAAAAAGGGAGUGGAGGCCGUGCAGGUGGGAAGGCAAGACAAGCUGUCACAGCUAUGCCUGAUUAGCGCUAUUAACAAAAAUCAAUUACUGUUUUUCUUGCUAGCGAAUGUUAUGACUGGUGCUGUGAACAUCCUGAUAGACACAAUCCACAGCAAGGCUGCCUUUACAUUAUGCAUACUGCACUUGUACAUGUUUUUUAACUGUUUAAUUAUGUAUAUAUUGCAUGCCAGAAAUAUAGUAUUAAAGUUUUGGUGAUUCCACUUUGGCUGAGUGGACUAGCUGGA